AUGGGCAAUGCGCAUGGAGGUUUCAACAUUCCGGGCCAUCCGGGGGGUGGCGAUGAUAAGAGGGACAAGAAGAAGGAGAAGAAGCCCCUCGAGGCUGCUCCGCCUUCACACGUCGGGAGGCGAAAGAAGCCAAAGGGCACUAUUGGCGCCUCCAAAUUACCGAGCGUGACGCCAGUAACAAAGUGCCGCAUGCGUCUGCUGAAGCUGGAACGUGUGAAGGAUUACCUGCUACUCGAGGAGGAGUACAUUAGCAACCAAGAGCAUCAUAAGCCAGCGGAGGAAAGGAAUGAAGAAGAGGUCUCCCGAGUGGAUGAACUGCGGGGCUCACCUUUGAGUGUGGGCACCCUGGAAGAGCUCAUAGAUGACCAGCAUGCGAUCGUCAGCUCUUCUAUAGGUCCAGAGUACUACGUCAACAUUCUCUCGUUCGUAGACAAGGAUCUGCUGGAGCCUGGAUGCUCUGUCCUCCUCCACAACAAGACGAGCAGCAUUGUAGGCAUCCUGAGCGACGAGGUGGAUCCUCUCAUUUCUGUCAUGAAAGUAGAAAAGGCUCCUCUGGAAACGUAUCGCGACAUUGGAGGGCUGGAAAAGCAAAUUCAGGAGGUGAAGGAAGCCGUCGAGUUUCCCUUGACCCAUCCUGAAUUCUUCGAAGACAUCGGCAUCGCUCCCCCUAAAGGCGUCAUUUUAUACGGCCCCCCAGGAACCGGCAAAACGCUGCUGGCGAAGGCCGUGGCGAACGAGACGAGUGCCACUUUUCUGCGCGUCGUUGGCAGCGAACUCAUCCAGAAGUACCUGGGAGACGGCCCGAAGCUCGUGCGCGAGAUGUUCAAGUUAGCGAAGGAGCAUGCGCCGUCCAUCGUCUUCAUCGAUGAAAUUGACGCCGUGGGAACGAAACGAUACGACGCGACGAGUGGCGGAGAGAAGGAAAUUCAGCGAACCAUGUUGGAGCUCCUGAACCAGCUGGAUGGCUUCGAAGCUCGAGGCGAUGUGAAAGUGAUUUUGGCCACCAACCGAAUAGAAUCUCUCGAUCCUGCCCUUAUCCGACCCGGAAGGAUCGAUCGCAAGAUCCAACUGCCGAACCCUGACACGAAGACGAAGCGCAAAAUCUUUGAAAUCCAUACUUCACGCAUGACGAUGGCUGACGACGUCGACUUAGAAGAAUUCGUUUUGGUGAAGGAUGAACUCUCAGGCGCAGACAUCAAGGCGAUGUGUACUGAGGCGGGCAUGCUGGCGUUGCGUGAGAGGCGAAUGAAGAUUACACAAGACGACUUGCGUCAGGCUAAGGAAAAAGCCCUUUAUAGGAAGAAAGGCGACAUACCGGAGGGUCUAUACCUCUAG